AUGACGACUUUUGCGAUCCUUGGCGCUACAGGCAACUGUGGAACCGCCCUUCUCGAACUCCUUCUUUCUAGUACAGAUGUCAAGAUCAAGGCAUACUGCCGCAGCAAGGACAAGCUUUUCCGCCUAGUUCCUGCCGCCGCCGACAACUCCAGGGUCGAAGUCUUUACCGGCAGCAUCUUAGACGCCGAUCUGCUCAGCAAAGCCAUGUGGGGAGCAACCGCAGUCUUUCUUACGGCUUCCACAAACGACAACGUCCCCGGCUGUCACAUUAGUCAGGACUUGGCCUCCACUGUCAUCAAGGCGCUCCAGAGCUGGAGGUCUUCCGGCAAGGAACACCCGCCUAUCCCCAAGCUUUUGCAACUAUCUUCUGCCACCAUCGACCCGUGGCUUAGCCGCAAGAACCCUUGGGUCAACGCCAUCGUCCGUCGAUCCGCCUUCCACGUUUACCGUGACCUCGAGUUAUCCGAGAAGAUCCUGCGCGCGAAUGAGGAUUGGGUCACUACUAUUUACAUCAAGCCCGGCGGGCUGUCGGUCGAUGUACAACGCGGCCACAAGCUUACACUCGACGAGGAGGAGUCUUUUGUUUCCUACAUGGACAUUGCUGGAGGUAUGAUUGAGGCAGCUCAGGAUCCUGAUGGUCGCUGGGACAACAAGAACGUUGGUGUUGUCAACGCCAACGGCAAGGCCAAGUUCCCCUCUGGCACUCCAAAGUGCAUCGUUUGUGGUCUUCUUACUUAUUAUUUUCCCUUCCUGUACCCCUACCUCCCUUCCGGUACCGGACCCGCUUAG